GUUAUGACACUUCUUCUGUAACAGGGUAAACAGAGGUGAGAAGUGUUUGUCCGCAUUCAACCUGGAAAACCAGCCGAAGAGUUGAGCCGAGCCACAGCGGCACAUACAGCUCCACAAAUGUUGCCAGCAAGUAGAUAUACCCUCCAAGCACGGAGGUGUAUACAUGCACUGAAGGUGGUUAAAGCAGAGCAUGUUGCUCCUCAGAUUUACUCCACACGCUGGUUCUCCUCUGUGCCACGGAUUACCACACAUUACACAGUUUACCCCAGAGACAAGGACUCGCGAUGGGAAGGGGUAGAAAUGGAACGCUUCGCUGAUGAGGCAGACGUUGUCAUUAUUGGUGGUGGUCCAGCCGGCCUAUCAGCUGCAAUCCGGCUGAAGCAGCUGGCCAAUCAGCAUGAGAAGGAGCUGCGGGUUUGUGUGGUGGAAAAGGCAUCUCAGAUCGGAGCUCACACACUGUCUGGAGCCUGUCUGGAGCCCACCGCACUUAACGAGCUCAUUCCAGACUGGAAGGAGAGAGGGGCACCAUUGAACACUCCAGUUACAGAGGACAAGUUUUCCAUUUUGACAGAAAAAUACCGCAUUCCCGUACCAAUACUACCAGGACUUCCAAUGAAUAACCAUGGAAACUACCUUGUUCGCUUGGGGCAUUUUGUACGCUGGCUUGGGGAACAGGCGGAAGAGCUAGGAGUGGAGCUGUAUCCAGGCUAUGCCGCAGCUGAGGUGCUGUUUCAUGAAGAUGGAAGUGUGAAAGGAAUUGCAACCAAUGAUGUUGGCAUUGCUAAAGACGGCUCUCCAAAGGAUGUGUUUGAGAGAGGGAUGGAGCUCCACGCGAAGGUCACUAUGUUUGGUGAAGGCUGCCAUGGACAUCUGGCCAAGCAACUGUACAAACAGUUUAAUCUGAGGGAGAAGUGUGAGCCGCAGACUUACGCCAUCGGCCUCAAAGAGCUCUGGGUUAUUGAUGAGAAGAAGUGGCGACCGGGACGAGCAGAGCACUCAGUCGGCUGGCCUCUGAACAGGAACACAUACGGAGGCACUUUCCUGUACCACCUCAACGAAGGAGAACCACUGGUGGCCCUGGGCUUUGUCGUAGGUUUGGACUACACUAAUCCCUACAUGAGUCCAUUCAGGGAGUUCCAGCGCUGGAAGCAUCACCCUUCGGUGAUGUCCACCCUGGAGGGAGGAAACAGGAUUGCAUAUGGAGCCAGAGCCCUCAAUGAAGGAGGCUUUCAGUCAAUCCCUCAGCUGACGUUUCCAGGCGGCAUGUUGAUCGGCUGCAGUCCAGGCUUCAUGAACGUGCCCAAGAUCAAAGGCACACACACGGCCAUGAAGAGCGGCAUGCUGGCGGCCGAGACCGCCUUCAGCAAAAUCACUGAUGAGAAUCUGCAGUCACAAACCACAGGUCUCUAUAUUCCUGAAUAUGAGGAAGCUUUGAAAAAGUCCUGGGUUUGGAAGGAGCUGCGUUCGGUGAGGAACAUCAGACCAUCCUUCCAUACGUACUUCGGCCUCUACGGUGGGAUGGUCUACACUGGGAUCUUCUACUGGAUUUUUAGAGGAAAAGAGCCAUGGACUUUAAAGCAUAGCGGCUCAGACUAUGCUCAGCUGAAGCCGGCAAAGGACUGUUCUCCCAUCGAGUACCCCAAACCUGACGGGAAGAUCAGCUUUGAUCUGUUGUCGUCUGUGGCUUUGAGCGGGACAAAUCACGAACACGACCAGCCGGCUCAUCUGACGCUCAAAGAUGACAGUAUUCCUGUUAGCAAAAACCUUGCCAUUUAUGACGGUCCUGAGCAGAGGUUCUGUCCCGCUGGUGUGUACGAGUAUGUUCCUCUGGAGACGGGUGAUGGCAUGAGAUUACAGAUCAACGCUCAGAACUGCGUUCACUGCAAGACCUGUGAUAUCAAAGACCCAAGCCAGAACAUCAAUUGGGUGGUGCCCGAGGGCAGCGGAGGACCAGCAUACAACGGCAUGUGAUUUCAGUAUUAACACAGCGUUUUUAUUACCGUCACUGGGGCACAACACACAGCUUCACAAUCACUUCGCAAAACUUUCAGGGCUAAAGCUUUUAAAGACUUCAGAGAGUCGCUCUGAUGUGCCUAAAGGAACAGAAUGUCCUCGUAUCCUCUCUGAUACGAGCUUCAAGUGUAAUUACGUAAAGUGGCUUUGCAUUUUUCAGGUUUGAGUUCAACGAUUUGAAAGCAUUUUAUAUAUUUAAAUAUAUAUACAACGUCUGUCUUAGGAAUGUGUGGUAGAAGACUACAGAUAAUGUUGGAUUGACAACCAGUGGACGUUUUAGCUCACCGUGACGCGGUUAACUGUGAACUGACAGUUUUGUAAAUAAUAUUGUCAACGGUGGUUACUGUAACUGGUAGAAAAUAAAUGAAUUGUCUGAA